CAUAAUCGGCUCGACUUGAUCUGUCGAGCCCACCAGCUUGUGAUGGAAGGAUAUCGAUGGCAUUUCACUGAAAGUGUUUUGACCGUUUGGUCGGCUCCCAACUAUUGCUAUCGCUGUGGCAAUGUCGCUGCCAUCCUACGGUUGGACGAGAAGUUGAAUAAACAAUUCUCGAUAUUUGAUGCAGCCCCUCAGGAUGUACGUAAUAUCCCUGCCAGAAAACCUGUUCCUGAUUAUUUUCUUUAG